CGCUUCGGGUGGGGUCGGUGUGGGACCCCCAGCUGCUGCGCUCUGACCCGCCUCGUCCUGCUCCCGCCGUGUGGGGUCGAUAGGAACAGAGCAGAGCGCUGCUCCCUCCCGUGCCGGCCGCCCGGGAGUCCGAGGAAGAACGGAGGAGAAAAGGGAUCCAUCCCUGAGGAGGUCUGAUGGAACUCCAAGGUCUGCAGGGCUGGGGUCUGGCUCCUGCAGCGCUUGGGAGCAGCACUGGGGCAGGGGCCAGAGUCCAGGUGGGGCUGAGCCUCCAGUUGCCAGCAAAGCAACCUCCUUUCUCAUCUUUUCUCUUGCACUGUCCAUUCAGGGUGUGAGCGUUCCCAUUCCUCUGGGGAGCACGAUCACACCCCGUGUGGGGUAAAACAAGGCCUCCUGGAUUUGCUCUCCCCUGCAAAUAUUCCCAAUUACUCUGCACCUCUGACACACUUCCCCAUCCCCAUCCAGGGUGCACUGCCCACGAUGUGAACGUCACCGUGAAUUUUCACUCCAGAGCCAGAUAGUCUUGUCCAGCACAUCUCUGGGGCACAAUGGUUAAGCAGCACCCACCUGGUUCCUGUCUCUACUCUAUCCCUCCAGGGAAAGCCACCAUUCUUACAGGAGGACCUCAUGGAGAAACUAGGGCAGGCUUUCACCAUUCAGUCCUGUCCAUUACUCCUGGGCUACAACACAGAGAUUCUUCCUGUGGUUCUCUCGACCCUCAGCUACCACUUGCCUCCCCCAGAGAACAUGGGGCCAUAGCAGCUGCUGGCCAACAUCUGGAGCUCCAUGGUGAAAGACAUUGGGUUUCAUCUCUCCCCAGCUGCAGGAACAUUGCACCCCAGAGCAUUCACUUUGGCCCUUUUGGAAACAAAAAUCAAAGGGGCUGUGGAUAGCCACGGUGUGUUGCUUUGAAGCUGCAUGGGACAAAUGCCAUCGGCUGUAUGCCAGCCAAGGGAGCAGGCUGAGCACUGCAGAAGAAAAAUCACCAGAGAUAUUUUUACAUCAGCCAUUUUGAGGGUAUUGCCGCAGCCCACCUCUGCGCUUGCUUUGCAACGUGAGUGGAAGCAGAAUUUUCUCCCCCAACGCAAAUUUUCUCACUGGCAUCUCUGAAGUGCAAGUUGCCAUGGAAACCAUUUUGCCUGGGUCCCACGUUGCCCACACGCGCUCGCAUGAAGCUGCAGAAGCAAAAUGGCCGUUGUGCAAUCUGCAGGGUUGCAGUGUCGAGGGGCCGUCGUGCUUCACAGCUCCGUGCCAGCAAGGAGCCCCAGCAGAGAGCCCACAACUGCUGGGAGAGCAAUGGAACCCAUCGCAGCUACGAUGCACUGGGUGAGAGAGGGAACAUGGCCCCACCUCACCUUAACUCUUGCAGUGCUCUGCAUGCAGCUCCACGGCAAUCCUGCUGUGCUCUCAGUGCAGACAUCCAAGCAGGUCACCUUGUUCAGUGCUGCUGCAUUGCUCCCUCUCCUCCACGCAUGGAGCUGAGUGUCUUUCAGUGCUCAUAUGUGGCUUUGCCCACCCUGCAGGCUCUCUUGGAGGGAUGGAGUGUGUGGUUAAGCAGAGGUGCAUCCAUGGACCUCAUACAUUUGAUUUCAUUUCCUCCUCUUGUCACCAGCUGGAAUCACAGAACCACGGAACAUCCCAAGCUGGAAUGGACUCACGGGAAUCAUGGAGCCCAACCUGGCCUCACAAAGCACCACCCAAACCCCAACCCGACUGCUGACAGCCUUGUCCUAGUGCUCCCUGAGCUCCAUCAACUCGGGGCUGUCCCCACUGCCAUCAGGGGCAGAUCUUUAUCCUCAUACCCAGCCUGGCCCUUCCCUGACAGCUCCAUGCCCUUAGGAACCCAGUUCUAAGCACUGUGUCAUCUCCAUUCAUUUUUCCCUCCAGAGGCUGUUGUUCCUGGCACAGGGAACAGCCCAGAUCACAAGCUCCCACAGCACAGCUCAGCCUGCACAGAUGAUCUCACUGCAUGGCUUCCACUCGUGCUGUGUCCUCAGGCUCUUUGAUCUUCUGAAGGCAAUGGGUGCAUGCAGGGCUUUCGCAGGGUGAGAGCUGUGUAAAUGGUGGGGACAAAUGCAUUCACCAGCUGAUCUGUAUGAGGCUCUGCAGCAAGCAACAGUCUUUGCUUUUCCUGUAGCUUCCUCCUGGCAUGUCAUGGAAACCUUCUUAAUUAUGGUUUGCUGCAAGCAAUUAACAGUUGCCUGUUAGCAAUUAGCACGUGCAUAGUAUGAUGCUGCUUUUUACGUCUGGCACCUUCUGGAUGCAGGAAAGUCAAGCUGCAAGAUGGAGCCAAUGCUUGUGUGCUGUCCCAUUGCUUGGGAAUGGUGUGAGCCAUUUCCUGGGCACAGAAAAACCACACAGAACUGAGAGGCUUCAGGGGAGCAGCACUGAACUCAGAUAUGAGUUUCAUCUGCCCCAGGGCAAAGCAUCAGCCCAGUGGGGAUAAAGACAAUAUGGGAUCUCAUAAAUGAGGAAAUCAAGCAUUAGGAAUAUAUGAGCCUUGCUAGUCAUCAUGGAGCUACUAAACAAGCUAAAUUCCUCUUCUGAGAAAGUUAAAGUUGAAUUGAAAUCAGAAAAUGCGUGGCUCUAACACAGGAUCCAGUAAUGCCUUUUGUGUACAUCUCUAAGAUGGAGCAGUGAUAAAGUUGAUACAUGAAACCAAGCAAAGCACCUACUGAAUGCUGCCCAUGGCAGAGCUCUGCGAGCUGUUGUCAGAGAAGAGCUGUAAGAGGAAAAACUGUUGUCAAUGUGCAGAGAUUAGACCAGGUCACCUUCAAAAGUCCCUUUGGAUCACCCAAACCCUUCUAUGAUUCUAUGUUCCUGUGACACGGAUCUGCCUUUCACAUCUCAGCACUCCUGGCUUCAUAACACUGCUGGGAUAUUUUCGCAUCUCUGUGAACUAGUUCCAGGGACUUUACAGCUCAUGCAACUCCCAUGUGCUCCUUACCUAAGGAGAAGAGAAAAAUUAGGGGUUUUCUUUCCAACCUACUAUAUAUGACAUUUAAAGACACCAGACAUCAUAAAUGUGAGGCACCCAGCCUCAGGAGUAGCUUUGGAGGAUGCUGAGCAAGCCAGAUGAAGCCAGAGUUGGCCCAGUUGUGCCAGUAUGGCAUGUGGAGGCAGAAGCUGAUGGCACCAAACUUGGUGCUGCACUGGAUGUACCUCACCCAGAGCCAGCUGGCAGGCUGGAGCACGGAGCCUGGGUGUACUCCUCUGCAGACCAGAACAGAUAAUUAGUGUAUUAGGGCUCAGAUGCAAAGCCCAGAGCACAGGAAUGUGACAGCAGACAUGCCCCUCUUGGGAGCUGUGCCCUCCUGUCAUCUGUGAUUGAUAUAAGCGAGGAGAUCAAAACCUUGUUGCUGAGAACAAGAAGAUUGAUUGCGCAUCUUGUUUGGUUAUGAAACCAGCCUAAAAAUAAAGAAAAACGUGAUGAGACAAGGUUGAAGAACUGCGGUUUGGAAGAAGACUCUUUUCUUCCUCCAAUUUUCCCACUAAGGUGCACUCACAUAGUGCAGGCACACAGGGUCAGGGUGGGCUUCCUGGGAAGAUGAACACACAGACAGGGUUACUGGUGGAAAGUGCCAUUGAGAGGCUUUGUGGCCGAUGGCUCAGCUCUCCAAGGCUUCAUUCUCCUCCUGCAGUUCUGAUUUCCAAGACUUCAGGUCUAUAGGUUCUGCCCACGCCUCCCUUGGCUGCCAUCCUCUGCUUCUGGUCACUUCCCUCCUUUCUCUGUGUCUCCUCUGGGUUCACCCCACACAGGAUGAGGUUCCCACCAUUACACACACCUCGCAGUUCACCAGAUGUGCAGGUAUUUUUUGCUCUGCUCCCAGUUCCAUUCCUAACAGUUCUGUUCUGCUUGGAAGCUUGUCAACAAUUUUUUCAUCUCUAUCAGCUCAUCUAAAAGAAAAUAUUAUUGUCCUCUACGGACCUUCCCUCUCUGAUAUGCUUAGAUCAUCCUGCCUACAAAAGCAUUACCACUUAUUAUUCCUAACAUCACUUCUGUCUUUUUGAGCAGUGUGGAACAGUGAAUAGAUACAGAGACCACGUCAAGCAACACUCGGCUCUCUUACUAAGUGCCAAUUAACAGCUAACCCUCUCUGUGGGCCUUGGCCAUGUGCGUUGCAUUUCACUGCUGGCAUUGCUGUUUGCCUGUCAGUCACUGAGAGAUCUGCAAGGCUUCUUCAGUUGUUCUUCACAGUCAACUUUACUGUAGUGAAUAAUUUAGAACCAUUUUCAUCAGAAGAUUUAAUGUCUGUUUAUUCCCUUUCCCACGUUCCUCAUGGACAGGCAGAUACAAAAGCCAGUCCUCAUUCUCCAGCUGAGCACCUAUUCCUUUUCCUGGCUCCCUAUCUUCUCACCAAUUGCAUAAGCAAAGAGGAUUCCCCUGCUCUUAUUUCAGGCUUAUUUAGGGCCUUUUUAUAUUCAACCUUAAAGGAAAUGUCUUGAAGACCCAAGUGAACAAAGCAUCAAGUGCUGCCCUCAUCCCUGCCCGCCCAGCACCACCCCGCCCGGGGCCGCCCGCUUUAUAAGGGACGGCGGCGCUGGGGCCGUGCGCGCUAUGGGGUGGUGCGGCGCGGAGCUGCUGCUCGCGGGGCUGGGGGACGGGGCGCCGCUCUUCCUCCUUCUCCUCUUCCUCCUCCUCGUGCUGCUGCCCGGCUGCUGGCGGCCGCUGGAGCUGCGGCGCGGCCCGGGCCAGGUGGGCUACCUGCCGGGUGUCGGCCCGAACCGCCGACUCUCUGCCCGCCGCUCCCGUCGGCCCGGAGCUCUGCCGCCGCCCUUCCCCAACGGCUGGUACCGCGUCCUCGACUCCGCGCAGUUGCCCCGCGGCGCCGUCCGCAGCCUCGCUCUGCUCGGAGAACGUCUGGCCGCGUUCCGCACGCAGGACGGGCAGGCCCACGUGGUGGACGCCUACUGCCCACACCUCGGGGCUGACCUGGCUGCUGGUGGGCGCGUCGUGGGCAGCUGCAUCGAGUGCCCCUUCCACGGCUGGCGCUUCCGAGGAGAAGAUGGGAAAUGCGCCCAUAUCCCAUAUGCUGGAAAAGUGCCAGACUUUGCCAAGGUGAGGAGCUGGCCAUGCUGUGAGGUCAAUGGGAUGCUGCUGCUCUGGUACCACUGUGACGGGACCGGCCCUGCAUGGGCUGUGCCUGAGCAGCCAGAGAUCAUCACCGGGGAUUGGGUGUUCCGGGGGCAGACGGAGCACUUUGUGGAUGCACACAUCCAGGAGAUCCCUGAGAACGCAGCUGACACAGCUCACCUGGCCUUCCUGCACGGCCCAGCCAUUCUGAGCGGAUCCGACCUGAGAUACACCAAGUCCCGGCUCUGGGACUUCAUGAAGCACAUCUGGAAGGCUGAGUGGCAGCCAGAGCCGGAGCCCCACGGGCACUGCUCCCGCAUGCAGCUCCAGCACACAGCCACCAUCUUUGGGAAGCAUUUCCCCUUGCUGGACCUGUCGGUGUCAGCCCGGCAGGUGGGGCCAGGGCUGGUCUUCCUCAUCUUCAAACACGAGUUCCUGGGCCAUGGGAUUAUCCUGCAGACGGUGACGCCCCUGGAGCCUCUCCUGCAGAACGUGGUGCACAAGAUCUAUUACCAGAAGAACGUUCCGGCCAUCAUCCCCAAGUUCAUCCUGAGGGCAGAGUGCAUCCAGUUUGAGAGAGAUGUGACCAUCUGGAACAACAAGCAGUACCUGCACAAGCCGCUGCUGGUCUGUGAGGACGCCGGCAUCCAGAAGCACCGGCGCUGGUUUGCACAGUUCUAUAGUGAGAGGAGCACACGGCCAUCAGUGCCCAAAGGGGACCUGGACUGGUGAGGGCUGUGGUGCUCUGCAGAGCUGAGCAAGGCAAGGAGUGUUGUGUGGGUACAUGGAGCUCCAUCACUCCUCUGUGCACCCGCUGUGCUCAAUGCACCAAAGCCCUAAUGGUGUCUCAUGCUUUCUGUUGUACCUCUGCUGUCAUCUGUGAGCGGAGCACAAACUUAAGACCGACAGAACUCCCUCUUUGUCCCUCUCUCUGGGUGGGUAAAUGAAAUGCUUUCUGUGUGACCCUUUAUUGCACCACGUUUCCCCUCCCAGCCGUGCUUGCUGCUGCUUCUGCACCAUCCCCUCACCUUGGGCAGGCUCUGGCUCCCUGGGGAAGCCUUGGCCAACGUCUGUGUGGCACCAGAGGUUUGGCUGCAAAGCCCAAAGGCAUCUGCCAUCCUCCCGCACAUGCUUAGAAUAGAAAAUUCCAGACACCUCCUUUUUUUUUUCCUAAAGGUUGUUUUAUUGUAAAACCAUAAAUACAACACUGACAUGAAAAUCCUCAAGCAACGGAUGCUUUCUUACAGUUACAGUUUGUCUUCUGCCUUGGCAUCAACUCUGAAAAGAAUGUUGCAGAAACACGUCUCUAAGAGGUCUCCCACUCACCCAGCCCUGCCCGGAGCGCGCGGCUCCUUUGGCAGCACACUGGACCCAUUCCUCUUGUGGGGAACGUUUCCAUUCAGACAGUAACAGACUUGUAAAAACAGCAACAUUUCAACACCCCCAUUGUUUUUGUUUUUGUUUUUUUUUUCUUUAAUAAUCCUUUUCGUUUGACGUCAGUCCAAGUUUCAAACAGCACUGAUUGAUUCAGCUGUAAAAAACAGAAAGGAAAAAAAGGAAAAAAAAACCAAAAUGAAACAAAAUCCUUAAAAAAAAAAAAAAGGAAAAAAAAAAUAAAGAAAUCAGGAGAACUUGAGUCAGCCUCAAGCGUUCAUAAAUCACAAUGAAAAUCAGCAACUCAACCCCGUGCAAUAUUGCUCUCUAUUGAGUCAUUCGAUCCACACCAACAAUACAUGAGACUUCAAACAGGUUUCGUUUUGUUUAUUAACACAGCAAGUGUGACAUCAGAUAACCUUUAAAUACAGUACAUGGUACGGCGCAGGGCCGGCUGCCCGCGCUUCCCGUUAUGAAGACAAAGCCAGCGGUGGCGGUUUAUAAAAAUAUUGUGUUGCUACAAAAGUAUAAAUUAAUGCUACCGGUAUUAAGAAAUAUUAAACACAUAAAACUUAUAAGGAUUAAGAAAAAUAUUCAUUAAUACCUGUAGAAAACUCUGGCCUAAAAAAGAUAUUUUUUUGUAUAUUUUUUUUUGUAUAUUUUAUUUUUUUUGUCUUUUUUUUGUUUUUUUUUUUUGUUUUUUUCUUUAAGAUGACAUGAGAUCCUUGCACUCGCAGGUAGAGACACACGCAGGUGUAUCUGUGGUAUUGCCUCGAACAUCUGCAUCGACAGAAAGGAAAUGCGGCGGGGAGGGGGAGGAGGAGACACCCAUCAGCUGCCAGCAGUCUGCAGAGCCCGAGGCAGGCAGGACCCUCCGGGCUCACAGCCUGCUUCGUCCGCAUCCGUUUUCCUUUUAAAUAACUUAAUUAGAAAAAAAAAAAAAAUUAACAAUAAAAAUAAAGGUCCCUGUGAGAGUGAAGGGACCGUGGCAAGCAGCUCUGCAGCUGGGACAUGCGGAAAGGAAGAACAUCCCUCCUCCCAACCCAGCCUGGCCGAACCCCCUCCCAUGCACCAGAGUGCCACGAGAGCCCCAGAAGGUGGAGCACGAGCAUUCGGGGCUGGUGAGAACGGAAGGGUCUUAUUAAGGAACUUUGGUUGUAAAAAGCAAGGGUUGCACACGCCUGCACUCGUCUGCACUGCCAAACGCUCAGUCCUUAAGGCUGUGGUGCUCGCGGCAUCGGGACACGCUUACACUGUUGGUGACACUGAGAUGAUGGGAUGGAAGGGAGUCCUUCAGCCAGCAGUGGGUGCUGGGCAGGAUGUCGGUGUGCCUCGCCUCCCAGGCUACCCUCAGACGCUCCAGCUCGUUAAACCCUAUGGGGGCUUCUGGACACACUGCUGUCUAACGUGAGCAAAACUCUUCUGCCAAGUCAUAAAACAAAAGGUUCUACCAGGAGCAGCGAAACAACCCAACCAACAGCCAGACAACCCAAACAGAAAGCUAAAUUCCAGGGCAAUACACUCUCAUUGGUUAACCAUUUCUGGCCUAGUACAUGCAAACUGUCCUGCAGCACCAGCAAAGUCUGCAGCCUGGGGCUGUGCCUGGCUUCACCUCCCCAUGCUGUGGCUUUGCACCUCCCGAGGCCCAGGAAGGGACACAGGGUCACAUGCACCAUGUGUUGGGCCAUACAGCUGUGGGGACACUUCUCCAGAGGGAUUUGACAGCACCCCAUGUCCCAGCCCAGGUGUUCUGGGUGUAACCAAUGGAUCCCAUGGACACAAGAUCACAGAAAAUGCACAGCAGAAGAACAUCACCUAACAGCCCCCAGCCCCAGUUCUAUCCACGUGGCACUGUACACAGAGGGUUCUGCUUCCAAACCCUCCUAUCCAGGCUGUGUUCUGGUUGAGUCCAAAGAAUCACAGAACCACAGAAACUUCUGAGUUUGAAGGGACCUUCAGAAGUCACUUGUCCCACUCCCUGCAUUGCUCAGGGACACCCACAGCUCCAUCAGUGCUCAGAGCUCCAUGCCCUGCCCUUGGCUGUCUGCGGGGAUGGGGCACUGCCACCCCUCUGUGCACACUGUGCAGUGCCUCACUGCUUAUUGUCAAGAAUUUCCACCUUAUAACCAAUCUACAUUUCCCAUCCUUUAGUUGGAAACCAUUUUCCCUUGUCCUGUCAUAACAGCCCCUUGCUGGAGGGUCUGUCCCCUCCCUUCUCACAGCCCUGUAGAUACUGUCAGGCUGCCCUCAGCUCUCCCCACAGCCUUCUCUUCUCCAGGCUGCACAGCCCCAGCUCUCAGCCUGCCCUCACAGGGAGGUGUUCCAUCCCUGGCAUCAUUUUUGUGGCCCUCCUCGCACAGGUCUGUGUCUCUCCUGCACUCAGCACUCCCCAUCAGGGCGCAGUGCUCCAGGUGAGGUCUCACAGCACAGAGCAGAGGCACACAUCCCCUUCCAGUCCUGCUGGCACGUUGUUUUGGAUGCAGCCCAGGGUACGGUUGGCUCUCUGGGCUGUGAGGACACAGUGCUGGCUGGUGACCAGCUGCCAUUCACCAAUAGCUUGCAGGUCCUUCUCAGCAGGGCUGUGAUCCAUAAAAACCCAUCCCUGUGCCAAUUUCCUCCUAGGCA